UUAACCACGCCGCCAGUGCAAGAUAGUGUUGCACAUCAGAUAGCCCAAGGGCCGAUGGCAGUGGGACUGCCAUGGAACCUUCCAUUUGAAGAGGCAAAGGCAGGCAAGCAAAGGAUGCAAGUUUUUUGGUGUCCUGUUUUUUUUUUUUUUUUUUUUUUUUUUUUUUUUUACUUGCUCAAUUUCUUCUUUAUGUUUUGCAACAACUAUCGGCUAUGCAUACACUGAUUUUGUUUAUGGCAUGAACGGACGGUGCAGGGCUUCUCGACUCGGAAGAGAGCAUCAUGAUGACCUGGCACAUUUCAUGGUAGGCAUGGGAUAUAUCCGAGAGGCUUUGCAUUUGCCCGGGCUCUCGAGAAGGCUUGAGUUCGACUUGGCAAUCAAUUGCGGAGAAUUGCCGCGCGCGCUUCAUUGCUUGCUCAGCAUGAGUGGGACGAAAAACUUUGCAGCUGCCGAAGCAGAAUCAGUAGAAAGCCUUGGGGUCUUGGCGCUCGGAACGCAUCAAAGCUCAACGGCACAAUCAGUGGCUGGAGUCACACGUUUCGCUCAGGAUUUCCUUGAGCUAAUCGAUGCUGCAGAUGCUACCGGGCAGCGGGAUAUCGCUAUGGCCGCCUUGAAGCGCCUAGCAGCUGCAGGCCUUGUGGAAGGUGCACUGAAACCAAGCCAGCAGAGGAGCCUUGCAUUGCAGCUUGCGGCGCAUGGGGAGAUGUCCAGACUUGCGGUGAGCUGCAUCUUUUCUUUUUUAUAACCACUGCUCCCCCACCUUUUUUUUCCCUCUGUUACCUUCAUAUGUACAAGACCUUGCACGAUG